UUUUUUUUGCUCACAAGGCAUUGAUGCUGAUCUGAUCAAUUCGCUGAUCACAAGACGCUGGUACCUGAAUUAGAAAGCGUUUGAAAGGUGUGCCUCGUCAAAAGAUGGCUUACCCCAAGACCCACAACCCAUUUGCAGAUGAUGAUGAAGAAGAGCCCCAGCCCAGGUCAAGGGUGGGAUUUGAUGACCGCCAAGAGCAAGGAAUGACUGAGGCAGACAGGAAGCAGAGAUACCUCAAACAGGAAGUGAUGCGCACUGCCAAUUCAGCAGUGGAGAGCAGCCAGCGCUCUCUGGCACUCAUCUAUGAGUCAGAGAAAAUGGGCACUGAGACCGCAGAGGAGCUAAUGCGUCAGGGGGAGGCUCUGAAGAGGACCGAGAAGAUGGUGGACAACAUGGACCAAGACUUGAAGACCAGCCAAAAACACAUAAACAGCAUUAAGAGUGUGUGGGGAGGACUCGUCAGCUACUUCAAAGCCAAGCCGGAGACCACCAAGAUGCCAGAAGAGCCAGUUGCUUACCAAGCGAGCAGCAAAUUACAGAAUGCCCUGUCUCACAGUAAAGAACAUGAGGACAAGUACCAGGCCAGUCACCCCAACCUGAGGAAGCUGGACACUGGAGGUUUUGGAGCAACUGCAUCAGUAGAUAAAAAAUCGUCCAGUCAAAAUGGCUACCCUGCAAAUGAACACCUUAGAGCUGCCCAUCAGAGACUGGACAACAAUUUAGAUGAGAUGUCCCUGGGCCUAAGCAGGCUGAAGAACCUGGGAAUGGGCCUCCAGUCUGAGAUUGAGGAUCAGGAUGCUUCUCUGGACAACCUGCUGGGCAAGGUGGACAAGAUGGACCUCAAAAUCAAUAAAACCAACGAGCAGCUCAAGAAACUCUAAUAAACAGUUGCUAACACACUUUCCUGCCAGAAACAAAGAUCAACGCAAACUUACCCCAACCCAGUUCUAUUGCGCAGCAAAUUUGUGUUCACCAAGAUGUCUUAUUCCUCAAUUGUAAGUGUAUAAAAUUGAUUUGUUUGAUUGAUGUUCAGUUCACAAGGGCAAAGGUGGUGUAAACCCUCACAAUCCACCUACAUGCUUACACAACCUUGAGAUGUCUAGCAUUGGGUCAUACUCCUGAAGAAUAUAUACAGUACCCAUCAAAAGUUUGGACACCUACUAAUUCAAGAGUAUUUCUUUAUUUUUACUAUUGUCCACAUUGUAGAAUAAUAGUGAAGACAUCAAAACUAAGCAAUAACACAUGGAAUCGUUCAACAAUUUUGCACACUUGGCAUUCUGUAAACCCACUUUGUGAGUCAUCAGGAAUUAUUUUCCAACAGUCUUUAAGGCGUUCCUGCUUUUCCUUCACUCUGCGAUCAAACUUAUCCUAAACCAUCUAAACUGGGUUGAGGUCAGUUAAUUGAGGAGGCCAGAUCAUAUGAUGCAGCACCAUCACUCGCCAUGGUCAAAUUCGCCUUAUGCAGGUUGGAGGUGUAUUUUGGAUAUAAUGUCCUGUUGAAAAGCAAUAGUCCCACUAUGUGAAAACCAGACAGGGUGGUGUAUCGCUGCAUAAUACUAUGGUAGCCAUUCUGGUUGAGUGCGCCUUGGAUUCUAAAUAAAUCGUGACUGCAUCACCAGCAAAGCACCCCCACACCAUCACACCUCCUCCUUAUUGCUUAGUGGGAACUACACAUGAGGGGAUAACCCAUUCACCCUCUCUGCAUCUCUGUAGUUGUUUCUUUACAGCAAUUCGAUCAUAAAGGCCUGAUUUACAUAGUCUCCUGAACAGAUUGACUGACCUUCAUGUUUUAAAGUAAUGGACUGUCAUGUCGCUGCCUAUUUGAGCUGUUCUUGCCAUAAUAUGGGCUACUAUCAUAAAGAUGUAAUAAUGAUGUUAUUUUUGUAUAUUUACCCAACCUUGUCCCAACUCAACUGCUCAAAUGCAUUAAGACGGAAAGAUUUCCAAUUUGUAAUUUGAACGCACACCUGUUAGUCCAUUCCAGGUAGCUGAUUGAGAUAAUGCAGGGCGGUGCAAAGCUGUCAUCAGGCAAAGGGUGGCUACUUUGUAGAAUAAGGGAAACAAAUAAACUCUUAAUUGAUACUAUUUUCCAUGUUAUAGAAUAAUAAUGAAGACAUGAAAACUAUGAAAUAACAUUUAGUAGUAACCAUGUAGUAACCUAAAAACGUGUUAAAAGCUGAACAUGUAUGUAAAAUUGAAGAUUCUUCAAUGUGGAAAAUAAUAACAAUCGCGAAAUACACUUGAAUGAGUGUGUCCAAAUGUGACUGUUACUGUAAAUAUUUGUAAAAAAAAUUUUGAAGGGAAGGAUCUCUACACAUGUCUGUAUAAUAGUGCAGUUAGAGGGACUGUUCUAAUACAGUUUGGUAGCUGAAUGUAUUAAAUUACACCUCACAAAGUAACAGACUGAUAACAAGCAGUCACAUUGUAUCUAUGAAUAUAUUUCCAAUGAUCUAUUGACUUGAUUUAAUUAAACUAUUGGCCCAAAACCUUGAUCGAUGUAUCACUAAGCCAGAGUUUAGUGUUUGUGUGUGUGGUGCUGGUUUGGAAACUGGAAUGUCUUGCCAUGGGGAGUGUUGCCUUUAGCAUUAAUGAUGCAUAAUUCCUAUUUGUAUCUUCUGUGAUGACUCACAGAAUAAUAAUUUAUUCUUUGAUGUAUUUCUGUGCAGUCACCUUUCCUGUCACGCUAAUCACACACUUCCCAUUCCCCUGGUUGAACCGGACCUAUGACCGGUUUCUUUAGCAUUUUAAGUUAUUUCUUACUCAGUUUUUUGUCCUUUUUGUCCUAUUAUGAUAUCACUAUAAUCAGCUUGUGUACAAUUCUGUAUGAUGUAUUUGAGGAACAUAUGUUUCUAAUAGUGUGAAGGCUCUGUCUGAUAAAUAAUGAACUCUGCAAAUGGAAGGUAUGUUAAUGAUUUUUUACAUUUGCUUAUGAAACAUCUGCAUUACAUUUUCACAAAUAUUUAAUGUACUACAAACCAGAUUCCA